AUGCCCAGGCAGCAACUAGCCUCGGAAAUCCUCAGCCACAUCGCGGGCUAUGCAGACGUCGACGCGUGCCUUGCGAUCCUCCAUACAGGUUGGGCUGGGUACGCCGCGGCCGUGGCCUGUGUCUACGCGGACGCGACGCUAUCCGAGGGGCUCAUGGCGGGCCUGGUCUCCGAGCUCGCGCCGGGUGCUGAUAUAUGGCCGAACGCAGCCAGUAACGAGCGCAAGCUUGCUGCUCUUGCGUGUGUGCGCAGCCUCCGUGUCAGAGACUACACCAAAGCUCUGUACGACAAAACCAGCGUGUUCACACGCGUCCGCAACCUCAUCCUCUUGGCGAAUAGUUAUGCCAUCAAACCCUUCCAGAUCCAGCAACUCAUUGACAACCUAUCUCCAACAUCCAUCUGCAUCCAGAUGUCACCCUGGAAUUGGUCCUGCCUACAGGGACUCGCCGCACCGUCCUCAGUCGUGACACUUCACGACUUCAGACUCGACAAUGACACCGAGAACCUCAGCCUGUCGUCCACGGCGGUUCGCCUCUGGCCGCGCCAGUCGCUACAUGAAUGGAGCGAGGUACCGUGGGAAGACAACGUCGAUGACUGGGUAUCGUUCCUCGGAGCCGUGGGAAGCAAUGCUGAGCUCGUGCUACCGCAAGAACCGCUCACGUGCUCCCAUCUGGACGAGUACGCCGAUGCAGCGUUCUACCUCCGCGUCCUGCUACGCAUGGAGUUGGGCGCUAUUGCCAAGUGGGAGAAUAUCGCGAUGCCGUUCCGGGUACAGUGCGCGUGUGGCAAGAUCAAGGAGGACCGGUGGUGCUCAGCGCCGCUCCUCGCCGCCCUCAAGGACAAGGGAGAGGAUGAAUUGAUAAAACGCAUGCAGGCGCGCGACGCACGCCUGACUCGGCCGACGUAUGUGGCAUGUAAUCAGCAUCUGUGGGACGUGUCGGACAUGGCGGCGGCCGCAAAGCAUCACAGAGCCACUGCGUAUGCCGAAGCGCGAGCCAAGGUCGUACAGGCGAUGGUGGCGGACGCAAGCGCCCUGUUGCGCGACGCGUAG